CGCCACCAUGUCCUAACAGGGCAAGAAGAACAUCCCGCGGAUCACGAGUGACCGUCUCCUCAUCAAGGGAGGCAGGAUUGUCAAUGAUGAUCAAUCCUUUUAUGCUGAUAUUUACAUGGAAGAUGGCUUAAUAAAGCAAAUUGGAGACAAUCUGAUUGUGCCUGGAGGAGUGAAGACCAUCGAAGCCAAUGGGAAGAUGGUGCUCCCUGGAGGCAUCGACGUCCACACCCACUUCCAGAUGCCAUACAAAGGCAUGACUACGGUGGACGACUUCUUCCAAGGGACAAAGGCAGCCUUGGCGGGUGGCACCACCAUGAUAAUCGACCAUGUGGUGCCAGAGCCUGAGUCCAGCCUGUCCGAGGCCUACGAGAAAUGGCGUGAGUGGGCUGACGGGAAGAGCUGCUGCGACUACUCCCUGCACGUGGACAUCACCCGUUGGAACGACAGUGUCAGGCAGGAGGUGCAGAGCCUCGUCAGGGACAAAGGGGUCAACUCCUUCAUGGUUUACAUGGCCUACAAGGAUAUGUAUCAAGUGUCCAACACAGAGCUCUACGAGAUCUUCACUUGCCUGGGAGAGCUGGGGGCCAUCGCUCAAGUCCAUGCCGAGAACGGGGACAUCAUUGCCCAGGAGCAAGCCCGGAUGUUGGAGAUGGGCAUAACUGGCCCAGAAGGCCACGUCCUGAGCAGACCAGAGGAGCUGGAAGCUGAGGCUGUGUUCCGUGCCAUCACCAUCGCCAGCCAAACCAACUGCCCUCUCUACGUCACGAAGGUCAUGAGCAAGAGUGCGGCCGACCUCAUCUCACAAGCCAGGAAGAAAGGUAACGUGGUCUUUGGUGAGCCCAUCACCGCCAGCCUCGGCAUAGAUGGAACCCAUUACUGGAGCAAGAACUGGGCCAAGGCAGCUGCAUUUGUAACAUCCCCACCCCUGAGCCCCGACCCGACCACACCUGACUACAUCAACUCCUUGCUGGCCAGCGGGGACUUGCAGCUGUCUGGAAGUGCCCACUGCACUUUCAGCACUGCCCAGAAGGCAAUCGGGAAGGACAACUUCACCGCCAUCCCCGAGGGCACCAAUGGCGUGGAAGAGCGCAUGUCUGUCAUCUGGGACAAGGCUGUGGCUACAGGGAAAAUGGAUGAAAACCAGUUUGUGGCUGUGACAAGCACGAAUGCUGCCAAGAUCUUCAACCUGUACCCCCGCAAGGGGAGGAUAUCUGUGGGUUCUGAUAGCGAUUUGGUCAUCUGGGACCCAGAUGCUGUGAAGAUUGUCUCUGCCAAGAGCCACCAGUCUGCUGCGGAGUACAACAUCUUUGAAGGGAUGGAGCUGCGGGGGGCGCCCCUGGUGGUCAUCUGCCAGGGCAAGAUCAUGCUGGAGGACGGCGGCCUGCACGUGACCCCGGGCGCCGGUCGCUUCAUCCCCUGCGGCCCUUUCUCCGACUACGUGUACAAGCGCAUCAAGGCCCGGAGGAAGAUGGCAGACCUGCAUGCUGUCCCGCGGGGCAUGUACGAUGGGCCGGUGUUUGACUUGACCACCACACCCAAAGGGGGCACCCCCGCGGGCUCUACGCGGGGCUCUCCCACACGGCCCAACCCACCUGUGCGGAAUCUCCACCAGUCGGGAUUCAGCCUGUCGGGCACUCAGGUGGACGAGGGGAUCCGCUCGGCCAGCAAGCGCAUCGUGGCGCCCCCCGGAGGCCGCUCCAACAUCACAUCCCUGAGUUAAGCAGCCCUCCCCAGGGGGAGAGGGGCGGAAGCAGGAGAGAUUGCGGAAGCCAAACGGCGCGCGACGUUUGAGAAGGAAAGGAAUCC